ACUACCGAGGAGGAAGGACUUACAGAAGAAGCACAUGCUGUAGACUGUGUGACAGGACAAAUUCAGCGUGUGAGGGUCUUACCUCGUCAUCAGCGAUGCAGACACACUCAGUGCUGAUGUUCGCAGCAGUUUUGUUGCUCGCAGACGCGGCCACGCGCCAAAGCGCGUUCCCCCAGCCGACCAAGUACAACCCAAACGAAUCGGACCGGUGCCCUCAGCCCGUCAUCAGUGGGCCAGUUUCCCGCGAGGUGGGCCCUGUGAGCUCCACCGACGAGGUGCUCGAGUCCAGUCAGGAGGCGCUGCACGUCACGGAGCGCCGGUACCUGCGGCUGGACUGGUGCAAGACGCAGCCGCUCAAGCAGACUAUCCGGGAGGAGGGCUGCCUGAGCCGCACCAUCAUCAACCGCUUUUGCUACGGACAGUGCAACUCCUUCUACAUCCCGAGGCACGACUACCGGGACGGAGACGCCUUUCAGUCCUGCUCUGCCUGCAAACCCAAAACCUUCAGCACCGUCACGUACACCCUCUUCUGCCCCGGUCAGAUCCCCAGCACGAGGAAGAAACGGAUCCAGCGCGUCAAGCAGUGUCGCUGCACAACUAUAUAUACGGAUUAGAAAACACACCGACUCCUCCACGUUGAUCAAUGUCGCUUCCGAUUGGAAUAAAAAAUCAUUUUUGCAAUAAUAAAACAUGGAAACCUGUAUUUUUCUUAAAGUACACGCGAGAAGUAAGGGGAAAAGGGUAAGGCGAGGAGCUGCCUGAGUCUUCUUUUUAAUCAUCAUAGUGAUGCUAAAAUACCACAUGCAUGAGUAGUUGGCUCAGGUGCUCCUUUCCCUCUAGAAUUAUAUUAUGAGCUGCAUUUAAUAAUUCAUCACACUGAGUAAAUAUUCUUGGUAAUCAUCAGUCACCAUCAGUGAGCUUCUAUAAUGUCAUUUUUUGCAGAUUAAGGGAAUAUGAAAGUCUUAGGUGUAGGGGCUUUGCCAAAGUUUAAGCGAAUUGAUGCCCCUAAAACAGUGUUUAAGCUUAAAGCAAGUAUAUUAUUUGCAGCAUCUUCACAGAAUAUAAGGACACAUAAAGGACUUGAAUGAUUGUAUUGUUUCCACUGUGUGGGUUGUGAAGCUCGUUCAUUUUUCCUUUUUUUUCUUUUCAAACUGCACUGCUGUCACUUCACUGUGUAUUAUGUGUCAUGUAUUGUCAAAUCCUUUGUGCAAUGAGCCAUGAAAUCAC